GGCAAUUGUUGAAGCGCGCGAAGUUUGAAAUGGAAUUAAAAAGGCCCCGUUCGAAAAAGUCUUACCAUCAAUCCUCUUCUUUCAAGGGGUUGUUAAACGGACAAAGAUACUCGGGCCACUAUGACAAUUUCUCGGUUAUUGUUACUGAAGGAAUUCAAGAGUUACAUACGAAAGGGUGCUUCGGAAAGGGAAAUUUCUCGAGAGGGUACCCAUCAUUCGGCACAGCCGAUCGACCUCAAAUAAUACGUAAACGGGUAUUUGAGCAGAGAAAUCAAGUUAAAUCUACACGCACACGGAAGGUAAUUGUAACUCCAGACAGCGACAACGAGAGCGAAUACUUCACAAACUUACAACCCCAGUACUUCAUCGACUCAAGUGCGCUUACCGAAACAUUGCACUUAACUCUAGAAGAGGCAUACUUUCUUAGUCACUCACUUAAUUGCUUAGACGUGUACCAUAAUCGUAAGCUACUUGAACCGCAAGAAUUAUGGAGCUUAUUCGUAGAGAACGAUAAAUAUUUUGUUCAAAAUUACGCAGUCUACCUCCACUUUCGCUCGAAAAAUUGGGUGGUAAAGUCUGGAAUUAAAUUCGGCGGCGACUAUUUGCUAUAUAAAGAAGGUCCGGCCUUUUAUCAUGCAUCGUAUUUGGUCAUCAUCGAUGUCUUAGACGCGAACUCACGAGAACGAAAAUUGGAAAGCUGUCGAAGAUCAAUGGAUAUAGUUACAUUAAGUGGCUUGAAUCGUCUUUGUGAAACCGUAGGAAAGGAGUUACUCAUCUGCCAGGUUCUUUGGCCAUCGGAUAUGAAAGAGGUCUACCACUCCGAUUUGCAAAAGUUACAAAUUAGUGAAGUGCUGAUGCGACGAUGGGUUCCUUCAGAAAAUCGUGAUCUAUUAGAAUACUAAAUUUAUUGUCUUGUUUACAUAGAAACAGGAAGUUUCGCA